CUGCUUUCAUUUCAUGCCGUCAGAGUUUCAAUCCACAGAUCACAUGCAGUCCUUGGGAUUUUUCUGCCUACUACUCGCUGAAACAAAAGACGAUCUUCGCUGCCUGACAGACGCACCACAAACAAACAGCAGCAGAAGGAAUGGCGACAAACUUACAUAGAAACUGUAUUUUCUGUUUGAUAGCCAACGAUCAAGACGAAGAGGCUGAAAUCAUGAAAGAGAAUAAUGAGCUGGUGUGUUUUAAAGACAUUGACCCUGCUGCUCCUCAUCACUACCUGGUUGUUCCCAAACGGCACAUUUACAGCUGCUUCUCGUUGCACAAAGGACACAUCUGCCUCGUUGAAAGAAUGGCCGAAAUGGGGAAAGCUGUGUUACGCGAACAAGGGAUCACUGAUAUGAAGGUCGCAAGGUUGGGGUUCCACAUGCCUCCCUACAUUUCAGUAGGACACCUCCACCUCCAUGUGAUCGCCCCCGCCAGCCAAAUCUCAGAGUACAUGGGGUAUAAGUUCAUUCCAGGGACAGAGUCUUUUAUUACUGAAGAAUCUCUGCGGAAGCAUCUGCAAUAUAAACCUUCAGGAUCCCAGCAGUGUUUAGGAAAUUGCAUGUCGUCCUAACCUGGACUUCAGGCUCUAGCAGAGGAGCAGCAGACUGAGCUUUACUGUGGUGUUCAGAUACUGUGCUCCAGUCAGGAUCCUGCAGAAGCGACAUCUGCCUCGACAAUUACAGAAAACCAUGUGUGGAGUAAGAAAUGUCCCUGCAAGGCUACAGCUAAACACAAGUACUAUAUUUAUAAUAUAUUUCUAUUUUAAUGGUGUGAUUUUCAUGUGUGUAUAUGUAUUUAUUUAAUGUACACUACCAGUCAAACGUUUGGACACACCUUCAAUGAUUUUCAUUUAGUUGUAAUAUUUUCGACAUUGUAGAUUAAUACUGAAGAAUAACAUUUUUUUUACAACAUAAUUCCAUAUGUAUUCUUUUUUCGUUUUGAUGUCUUCAGUAUUAAUCUACAAUGUAUAAAAUAAUUAAAUAAAAAGUAUUGAAUGAGAAGGCAUGUCCAAACUGUUGAUGGUAGUGUAUGUGCACAGAUAAAUUAAAUAAACGAUGCUUUUAUGGUCAGAAAUAUGUAGUGAAAAAUCACUGGACUGGUUCCGUUCAGCACCACAAUGCUGCGAAUAAUCACACUCUUCUUAAAAUAAAGUUAUUUAAAGAUAUGUAUUUUUUAAAGUUGCCUUUUUGUGACCCUCAGUGUAGCGAGGUGCAGGACACAAUGGAAUAUUGCUGCUUUGUCAGAAUGUGUAGCACGCCUUCAGAAAUACUAACCAAAAGAAAUGAAAGUAUUUUAUAUGUGUUAUAUCUGUAAAUUUGAGUUUAAAUGAAAUGUUUAUUCACCUUCUCGUAUGUAUGCUACCAUUCAAAAGUUUGAGGUCACUUAGAAAUGUCCUUGUUCUUGAAAGAAAAGCAUUUUUUUUUCAAUGGAGACAUUAAAUGAAUGAUAAAUCCAGUGUAGACAUUGUUAAUGUAAAUGACUAUUCUAGCUGGAAACAGCUGAUUUUUAAUGGAAUAUCUCCAUAGAGGUACAGAGGAACAUUUCCAGCAACCAUCACUCCUGUGUUCUAAUGCUACAUUGUGUUAGCUAAUGGUGUUGAAAGGCUCAUUGAUGAUUAGAAAACCUUUGUGCAGUUAUGUUAGCACAUGAAUAACAUGAAACUGCCUAGAUGGCCCCGAACGUUUGAACAAUAGUGUCUGUCUUUAUUUACUGUAUUCCAGAUGUUGUAAUGUUUUCCACAGUUACCAUUACUUGUUUCUAUAGAUGCAAACAUGAGGUACUGACAACUUUCUGACACUACCUGUCCUAUUUCCUCCUUUGUUAAUGCUUUACAACAAGAAUGUAGAAGAGGACAGUUUGGAGGCAGCUUGAUUUAAUCCAUAAACACUCCUACAGGUUGUGAUAUUUAGUUACUGUGAAAAAGAGAACUGAAGUAUCCAUGUGUUUAGUUCUUUGAUAAGAUAGCACUGAAGUAAGAACCUGUUAUUUUUAUUGAUGCAUUUGUUUUCAUGCUUUAAGGCUGACAUAAAUGGAAUUUGUUCAUGGUGCCGUGCACGUUAAUAAUAAAGGGAAUCUGUCUUUGCUAAGUUGGACAAUAUGACUUAACUGAAAAGGAAAUGCUAUUCUGAAUAAAAACUAAAGAUGA